AUGGGGUUAACCACGGCUUCGAUUCUGGCUUUGGGCCUCCUCGCCUUGUUAGCCUCCGCAGCCGACCCACCAACUGUCGACCUAGGCUAUGUUACGUACACGGGAUUCACGAAUGAGACGGCCCAGAUCAACUACUUCUACGGCAUCCCAUAUGCCCAGCCGCCUCUAGACAGCCUUCGCUGGCGGGCGCCACGCCCGAUCGAGGCUUCAAAUAACUUUACCGGUCAGACUGUAAAUGCGACGUCGUCUCCACCCAUAUGCUAUCAGGCAGUCCCAAUAUCGCUGGUUGAAGCCGAAGGCAGCGUUUUUGCCCCGGCCUUUGGCCCGGAGUACUAUUUUCAGGACCUUCCGCAGUCAGAAGAUUGCUUGUUUCUCAACGUAAAAGCUCCGCAAAAUCCUACGGGAGACUCGCUACCGGUGUUUGUGAUGCUCCAUGGCGGAGGAUAUACAGUGGGCUCUCCAGAACUCGUCUCACCGGGUGACGCAAUCGUGCAUAAAGCCAAUGGAAGUCUAAUCUUUGUCGAGGUUCAGUACAGGCUCGGAUUGUUUGGAUUUCUCGCUGGAUCUGACAUUAAAGAGAGGGGUGAUCUGAAUGCUGGCCUGCUUGAUCAGAGAGCUGCUCUUGACUGGGUGCAGCGGCAUAUCAAAGCCUUUGGCGGCGAUUCUAGCCGGGUGACAAUCUGGGGCGGAUCUGCCGGAGGCGGUAGUGUCACCUUGCAGCUCACCGCCGGUGGCGCUUUCGAUCAGCCUCCAUUCUCCGCUGCCAUUCCCGAAUACCCGUGGUGGACCCCGUUUUUGAGCGAAAGUGGGCAGGAGCGUCAGUACCGUACCACGCUUCAAUUGGGCAACUGCUCAGAUUUGGCCUGUCUUCGGAAACUGGAGUCGUCGGACCUGCAAUUAAUCAACCAACGCGUGUCGAACAUCACGUAUCCGUCGCCGGGCUAUGGCUUUGGCACUUUCAACUAUGGCCCAGUUGUUGACGGCAAGUUCAUCCGCCAGCUUCCAGGCGAUGAAUUCAAACAAGGAAACUUCCACAAAGUGCCCGUUCUUCUCGACCGCGACGCGUACGAAGGGUACAUUUUUUCGAACCAGACUGCCACCACCCUAAGCGAAACCAUCACGGAUGCCAUGAACCUGUUUCCUGCAGCUGGGCCGUCGUUCUUUAGCCGUCUCAACCAGCUCUACCCACAGAGCGCGUACAAUUCGACAUUUUUCCAACGGCAAACCUGGUUCGGGGACUUCAUCAUCAACUGUCCUACGUACUACAUGGCGACGGCGUUCACGGACCAGGCCUUCAACACGUCGGCCGUCUUCAAGCUCGUCUUCUCGGCUGGGUCGCAGCUGCACGGCGCCACAGGCCCGUUUCUAACAUCGAAAUCUAUCAAUUUUCCGAGUGCGAACAAUGCGACGCUUGCAGACAUCAUGUCAUCGUAUUGGAUCAGCUUCGCGACUACAUUUGACCCUAACCCGCUACGGGAUCCGCGUGCACCGUAUUGGCCCUCUUAUUCGAGUGGCGGGAACGGCAGUAUUGCGGACGGAGAGAGCGUUGGAUUUAGCGUCCUGCAGACCGGCAUCCCUUGCACCGUUUUCGAACAAGACGAAAGCCUGGACCAGCGGUCGCGCGACUGGGACUUUGGCAUCUACUGGGCGCAGACGCCGCUGGAGUCCUGCCUGCCGGCCGACGUGCGGGAGCGCAUCAUCAACGCCCAGGUCGACAACAUUAUGCCGUCCGACGAUGCCUCUUUCCCCAUGUUCAACGGCGCGACGGGAGAGGUGCUCAACGUGGUGCCGACGCCCAAUUACCUGCGGCUGCGGAGGCGGGAGUUCGCGAGGGUCAUGGGGAGGGGCAUCGAUAUCCGCUAUAAUAAGCGCCUAGCCAGCAUCGACACGACGUCCGGGCCCGGCGUGACGGCGACCUUCGAGGACGGCACGCAGCACACGGCGACGGUCCUCGUCGGGGCCGAAGGCGCGCACUCGCCGACGCGGGAGUACCUGCUCGGGCCCGUCGAGGGCAAGCUGCUGGACUCGCCUUUCGUCAACUCCAUGUUGGUGUCCACCCUCCCGGCCGACAGGGCGCGCGACCUGCUGAACCAGCACCAUCGCAUCUGCGCCCUGUACCAUCCCAACGGCACCUUUAUGUGGAUGGGCGUCCACGACGCGAACGGCAAGAAGGACCCGGGCGAGAUCGAGUUCGUCUUCAUGUGCGGGUGGAAGCACGAGGGCCCGCUGGACUUCCUGUCGGACAGCAAGACCAUCAUCCGCGACAUCAAGCGGCGCGCGAAGCCCUUUGCGCAGCCCUUCCGAGCCAUCGCCGAGGGCAUCGACGAAAACCGCAAGGCCUGGUCCAACUACCUGCCCUACUGGCCGACGCGCAGCUGGGACGACUCGCCGGCCCGCGGCAAGGUCACGCUCGCCGGCGAUGCGGCGCAUCCCAUGACGCCUCACCGCGGCCAAGGCCUCAACAACGCCAUCCUCGACUGCGACCAAUUCGUCAAGCAGGUCGAAGCCAUGCCCGAGCGCACCGCCGCGGCGCUGCACGACGCCGUGAAGCGCUACGAGGCCGAGAUGGUGCCGCGCGGCAACGAGGCGGCCCUGAGCAACCUCGAGAACUCGCACAUGGUCCACGACUUCGACCGCCUGAUGCGCUCGCCGCUCGUGCGCAGCGGCGUUAGGCAGAGCGUUGAGGAGCAGCAGAAUGCUGCUGCUGCCGCGGCGGCGGCGGAUGGUGGUAAGGCGGAGAUGGUGGAUGUUAGUGCUAGUGGUGGGGAAGUGAGGAGCGUGGUGGGGGAGAUGUUGAAGACUUGA